AUGCUCAGGACAGUCUUGGAUGCUCCUCAGCGGUUACUGAAGAAGGGGAGAGAAUCCCGGAAGCUGGUGCUGCUGGUGGUGUUUGUUGCUCUGCUCCUGGACAACAUGCUGCUCACUGUGGUGGUGCCUAUUGUGCCCACCUACCUCUAUGCCAAAGAAUUCAAAGACAUCAACGGUUCUCGAUACCUCGGCUCCACCACAACUUCCCAGUCUGCCCUCACUCCCGCUUUUUCCACCGUCUUCUCCUUCUUUGAAAACAACACCGUGGCUAUUGAACAAAGUGUGCCCAGUGGCACAGCAAGGACAAGUGGCAUUUCUGGUACCGUCUCCCCUCCAGUCACUGAAGCUGAUGUAGCGCAUGGAAACAACUGCUUUCAAGCCACAGAAUUCCUGAAGGAAGAGAACAUAUGGGUCGGGGUUCUAUUUGCUUCCAAGGCUCUGAUGCAACUUCUGGUCAACCCCUUCGUGGGACCUCUUACCAACAGGAUCGGAUAUCACAUCCCCAUGUUUGCUGGCUUUGUUAUCAUGUUUAUCUCCACAGUUAUGUUUGCCUUUUCUGGUACCUAUACUCUGCUUUUUGUGGCCCGAACUCUUCAAGGGAUUGGAUCUUCAUUUUCAUCUGUUGCAGGUCUUGGGAUGCUGGCCUGUGUCUACACUGAUGACCACGAGAGAGGGCGGGCCAUGGGAAUUGCCUUGGGGGGCCUGGCCUUGGGAGUGCUGGUAGGAGCUCCCUUUGGAAGUGUGACGUAUGUGUUUUUGGGGAAGACUGUACCCUUCCUCAUCUUGGCCUUCCUGGCUCUUCUGGAUGGAGCACUCCAGCUCUGCAUCCUACAGCCUUCUAAAAUCUCUCCCGAGAGUGCCAAGGGGACUCCACUCCUCACGCUUCUCAGAGACCCUUAUAUCCUGGUGGCUGCAGGCUCCAUCUGCUUUGCCAACAUGGGGGUGGCCAUGCUGGAGCCCACAUUGCCUAUCUGGAUGCUGCAGACCAUGUGUGCUCCUGAGUGGCAGUUGGGUCUAGCCUUCUUGCCCGCCAGUGUGUCCUACCUCAUUGGCACCAGCCUCUUUGGUGUGCUGGCCAACAAGAUGGGUCGGUGGCUAUGCUCCCUGAUUGGGAUGUUGGUAGUAGGUACCAGCUUACUUUGUGUUCCUCUGGCUCAUGAUAUUUUUGGUCUCAUUGGCCCCAAUGCAGGGCUUGGCAUUUCCAUAGGCAUGGUGGAUUCCUCUAUGAUGCCCAUCAUGGGACACUUGGUGGACCUGCGCCAUGCCCCGGUCUAUGGCAGUGUCUUUGCCAUCGCUGAUGUGGCUUUUUGCAUGGGCUUUGCAAUAGGUCCGUCCACCGGGGGUGCCAUCGUGCAGGCCAUUGGCUUCCCCUGGCUCAUGGUCAUCAUUGGGGUCACGAACAUCCUCUACGCUCCCCUCUGCUACUACUUGAGGAGCCCCCCUGCCAAGGAGGAGAAGCUCGCAGUUCUGAGCCAGGACUGCCCCAUGGAGACCUGGAUGUAUGCAGCUGAGAAGCACACAAGGCGGUUUCCUCUGGGAGAGGACAGCGAUGAGGAGCCUGGCUGUGAGGAGUAG